GUUCCCUCCACAGUAAGGAAAAUGUUUGGAAAUGGGUAUGUAGUUAGGCCAACGUUUUUAUGUUUUUAAAUUAGUUUCAGCAGCAUGCUUUGUAACAAUUUUAAUCAAUUCAAUUACAGCCAUUCUUCGCCAUUCCAUAGUUUUGUGUAUAGUUAGCCUAGUGUAACUGAUUAGCAUGCUCUUCGUGGCUUGUAACGUGAUUUAUUGUCCAUUCUACACUUUCAUAUCUUGUACGUUGUUGUUUUUAGCAUGACCAUGUUCGCUCCGCGUGUUUCUACAAUUUCAUAAAGUAUAGUAUGUUACUACCCCCUCACAUUGCAGGUUCUUUUUGAUGCGAUGGCCAGUUGAGGGACUGCACUUUUUUUAGUAUGGUGUUAUGAGUUACAUUUUUUUUCAUAUCAAAAGACGAGUCUUAGUUGUCAAAUUACGACAAUGAAUCCAUCCAACUUUUUUGGGAGCCAACAGGGUGCCUUUCAGGCCCCAAAUAAUGCCAAUCGUAGUGGAGGUAUAUUCCAGUCUUUUACACAGCAGAACCCAAUAAAUACACAACAGAAUGCUGGCUUUGGACAAACGUCCACGUUUGGCCAGCCGUCUGCAUUUAGCCAGCCAACAGCCUUUGGGCAGACCUCCGGACAGACUUCUUCUGUAUUCGGACAGUCCUCUGUAUUUGGCCAGAAUCCGUCAUUUGGUCAAGGUGGUGGUCUAAAUCAAAACACCACACAGCCUCCAGCCUUUGGACAGACAGCUCUUGGACAAAGCACCACUGGAUUUGGUGCACCGCCCCCCUUUGCCCAAGCCUCUGGCCAGAGUCAGGGGAUGUUUACACAGCCAUCUGCCUUUGGACAAACCCCUGCGUUCGGGCAGACUGGUGGAUUUGGUCAGCAGACAUCUGGUUUUGGACUACAGGGAGGAACAAGUUCUUCUGCUGCGGCCUCUGGAACCCAGCCCAUCAGUUUCGGUACCAAGCCCACCUUAAGCCAGCCAUCUGCCUUUCCACAACCUACAGUGACCUCCACCCCCUCCUUGAAUGUCCAGAAUGUUGCUCAGAAGCCUGGUUUUGGUGUGCCUGAAUUUGGCUUCAAACCAUCCACUGAAGCCGUUUUCAAGCCCAUCUUCAGUUCAAGCCCAGAGCCUGCGAACACUCAACCAUCCUCUGAACCCUUUGGCAUGUCUACCAACAUGGACAGCAGUGGACCGCCCAGUAGUGGAUUCCCAAGUGCCCAAACAGGACUGGGCUUCAGUUUUGCCCGGCCGACCACAGCAGCGUCCAUCACUGGUCAAGCGGCCACCAGUGCCCCCCAAAGCGAUGCACCUCCAACCAGCAGCAGCAGCAGCAGUAGUAGUAGCUCCGUGGGCAACGUCAAGUUUUUCUUCUCGCAGCCCGCCGCACCAUCGAGCAGCAGCAGCAGCAGCACCACCACCAGCUUGGCUCAGCCAACGGCAGUUCCCAGCAGCCCGUCGUCCUUUUCGUUCACCUCCAAAGCCCUACAGCCACAGGGCGAAUCAUCCGAAAAGUUCACGUUUGGGAUGCCCAGGCCGUCUGCAUUUGGAGAGCCCAAGGCAAAGUCCGAGGCCACAACAACAAGCACAGAGGCCAGCCAAGGCACGGAUGAAGCCACCGGGGAAAGCUCUGCGUUUGUCAGCUUUGGCAAAGGAAUGAAACGCAAGGAGGAGCCCGAUGACCCUGCUGCUUCUCAGGGGAAGACUGCCAAGGUGGAGGCGGAUGACCCAGGGGCAGGCGUGACGAGGCAGCCAGCCAAACGUCCAAUUACGAGAAACCGCGCCAUGGCUGGAGGGCUCUUCUCAAACGCCAUGCGCGGCGUACUGAGGUCCUCUGUGACGGCUGUCAAGAGGGAAGCAAAGGAGGAUGAGCCAGCCCCAGACUGGGGACAGGGGCAGACGCAGAGGCCGGAGCCCCCAGCCGCACGUGUGGUAGUUCCUCCUCCCAGAUCGCAGGCACCAACUCGGGAAGUUCUGGAAAAGGCAGAAGAUCUGGCUUCCCUUGACGCUGUGCAGCCUGAGCCCGAGACCCCCAAAGCUGCAAAGCGGCAGCAGCGUCAGGAUAGCGCCGACAGCAUUGGGGGCAUCUCCCCCACCGAUCUGACUGUGCUCCAGUGCAAGGGUGUCCCCCCGAAUUUGAAUCGCAAGGACGUCAUCGAAAAGCACUUCAACCGUUUUGGCAAAGUGCGAAGAGUGUACUGCCGGCCUCCAAAGAAUUUGGCCAUCGUGCACUUCCAAGACCACGCCUCGGCAGCAAAAGCAAAGAAAAGGGGCAAGAUUUUACAAGGAAAUGAACUGACCAUAUUCUAUCAGCGGAAGAAGCAAAGUCCAGCGGAGAAGGGUGUUGGGUCAAUAGAGGGAGAAAGCCCGGCUGAGCCAGAGGUGAGACAGAAAGGUUUUCAGGCCUCGCCACUCAGACGACCUCUACCGAGACCAGCUGUCUCCAGCACCGUCACUAUCAGCAAAGGGUCUCCAAUGAAGAAGACCUCGAUAGCCAAAGCACUGCAGUUUGACACUGAGUCCCAGCAGGAGUCCUCUGGGGAGGGCCUGAGUUCCGAGCGCUCCAGCAGCAGCAGCAGCAGCAGCAGCCUGCCCUCCUCCCUGCUGCACCUCAUCGGCACUGUGGCAGAGACGGCCGAGGAGAAGUACAGACUCCUGGAGCAGAGGGACAAGAUUCUUAGACAAGGUCGCAGUAAGAGAACUGAUUUGGAUAUGUCCAAGGUGUUUGUGGGGACUUGUCCUGACAUGUGUCCUGAGAAGGAGCGCUACAUGAGGGAGACACGAAACCAGCUCAGCUCCUAUGAAGUGGUUCCAGAGACUGAGAAGGUGGACCACUGUGCAGCCAUCAAAGAGUACAGCAGGUCAUCAGCUGACCAGGAGGAGCCCCUCCCCCAUGAGCUGCGUCCACUUCCUGUUUUGAAGAUGACCAUGGACUACCUGGUCACGCAGGUCAUGGACCAGGGAGAAGGAAAUCACGCCGACUGGUACGACUUUGUCUGGAACCGGACCAGGGGAAUCCGAAAGGAUAUUACCCAGCAGCACCUGUGUGACCCGGACACCGUCUCCCUGAUGGAGAAGUGCACGCGCUUCCACAUCCACUGCGCCCACCACUUGUGCCAGGAGCACAUGAUGGCGUUCGACGCCAAGAUCAACAACGAGAACAUGACCAAGUGCCUGCAGAGCCUGAAGGAGAUGUACCAGGACCUGGCCACGCGGGGUGUGUACUGCCCCAACGAGGCAGAGUUCCGCCAGUACAACGUCCUGCUCAAGAUGAACGACGGGGACAUCCUCAGAGAGGUGCAGCAGUUUCGUGAGGAGGUGCGCAACUCUCCCGAGGUGAAGUUUGCCGUGCAAGCCUUCGCUGCGCACAACAGCAACAACUUUGUCAGGUUCUUCAAACUGGUCAAGUCGGCCUCAUACCUGUCCAGCUGCAUACUGCACAGAUACUUCAAUCAGGUCAGAGGAGAAGCGCUAAGAGCCCUCAACGUGGCUUACACCAUUGGCUCUCAUAGAUCCACAGCGUUCCCCAUUGAGAACCUGGUCCGAAUGCUGAUGUUCCGCAACACAGACGAGGCCGCAAGCUUCAUCCAGCACUAUGGCCUGGCCAUGAACGAAAGUUUGGUGGAGCUGAGCCGCACGGCGUACCAGGAACCGGAGCUGUCUCUUCCUCAGCGCAAGUCCCUGGCCAUCGAGAUAAAGAGGACGGUGCUGAUUGGUCAGGUGGUGAACGGCGGGCCCCUCCCCAACCCGCCGCAGCACGUGCCCGUCUGCAGCUUUGACGCCCAGAACAAGUACAGGGGAGAGAAGCUGGCACCCGAACCAGCACCCACGCCUGGCACAUCUGGAGCCGUGGCCUUCAGGCAGGAGCCAAAGUCUGUGCUGGAGUCGAAGCCCAGGAUGUUGGCAGAGGCGAGGCUGCUGGUGGAGCCUCAGCCCACGGUGGUGGUGACGGAGCCCGGAGACGCGGACGAGACGGCGCAGCGGGAGGAACCGGCUGCCCUGCCAGGCCCCCCACCUCAGGAGCUCCAGAGCCUCUUCCAGCCCAUAGAGCAGCCGCAGCCCGACAGACCUCCCUCGCCUCCUCCCCCCAAACCGGAGGUUGUCUACUUGGAUCAGGACAUUAUGGCGGAGGUGGAGUCUGUGGUGGAAGAGGUCCUGGAGGCGGAGGUGUCCGGGGUGGCCAAGGAUGGAGCAGAGUACGUCUCCACAGCACUCAGUGUGAGUGAUGUCCAGCUGGAGGCGGUGGUGAGCGAGGUGGUGCAGGAGAUGCUGCAAGACGUCUCCCUGGCUGAGAUGAGUGCUGAGGGGCAGCGUAUCGCAGAGGAGAAACGCCGGCUGGAGGAGGCCAGACUGAAGCAGGAACAUGAGGCCUUCCUGGACCUCUUGAGUGGAGAGCUGUGCCUGGAGAUCAGCGAGGAGGUUGUUGGGGAGUGCAUCAAGGAGACGGCUGCCUCAGAGAUCCAGUUGGCCCAGGAGGAGAAGGCGGCGUGUGUGUCUCGCUGCUCCCAGGCGGUGUGUGAGAGCCUGGUGGAGGAGGCCCUGCAGAUGGAGCUGUCUCAGCUGGCCCAGGAGAUACUGGACACCGAGCUGCAGCGCAUACACAAGUACAUCAAGAAGUGGCGUGACGUGGUGGCGGUGCGUCGUCAGCUGAAGAGGCAGAUGCGUGGGUUCCCGGCGGCCCCUUGCUGUGUGGACCCCCGCUUCAAGCUGACCGCCCUGGCCCCCAGCGCCCCCCACACCCCCUCUCUGGACAGCCUGGCGCGGGGACUCGUCAACCUGGGCAACGCCGGCAACAUGGCCGUGUCCUGCACACGGCUGUUGAAAUUUAGGAAGGAGGCCCUUCAUCAGAUGAGGGUGCACUACUUCUACAAUCAGCUUCUCAGUGAAUGUGUGUGGACCCCUCUGGACUUGGCCACCCUGGUGGUGGAGAGCGUCCCCAACCCACCGGAGAGAAUCUUCUGGAAAGCCAUGCUGUUGCUGCCCAGCUGUCAGGACAGUGACUCCAGUGUCACAAACGGCAUUCUGACAGACUGGCUGGAGGCUAAGCUGAGUGGUGGGGAGGAGAGGGUGGAAAGCAGCGACCUCCCGGCUGGAGCAGUGCAGACCCUCACCAUCAGCAACGGCCUCCGCCAACUGGAGAACAGGACGCACAAAGUGCACGUCUGCAUCAAGGUGAGCCGUGGGCCUCUGGGUGAGGAUACGCAGGGCAAGCUGGAGGAGAGCAAGGAGCUGCUGGGCACCAACGCUCUGCUGAUGCUGCUACCCCCCACCCUGGAGGGAGAUGGAGAUGAUGGAGAGGGGGAGGAUGGGGACCUCCCUCUGCUCUCCGCCCUGCUCCAGCUCAAGCAGAUCCAGCAGGCCAGCAGUGGGCAGCAUGCCCCCAUGCCCCUGGCCGUGGUGGUGCCUGGACAUCUGGUGGAAGCCCUCAGUGACCAGAAACUUGAGGAAGACCUAAUGCUGAAGACACUAGUGGCUGAUGGACUCAUCUCAGACUACACCUUCAUCCGCAUCCCGGAGACCACCAACGACAUGCAGGGAACUGAACAGGUGAAGCAGGCAGUCAAGUGGCUGGUGUCCCGCUCCCCGUCCGCCUGCCCCCUCACCUCCCAGACGCUGGUGGCCUUCGUGGAGGCCGGCCUGUGCCGCGAGUUCAGCGCCCGGCUGUACCGGGACAAGCAGGAGCGUGCGCGCGCCGGCCUGCCGUGCCAGGACCCGGCGCCCAUCAUCCAGCUGUACAACAGCGUGCUGCACUUCCUGGCCGACCUGGUGUCGUCGGAGCAGCUGAGCGGCCUCUCCUGGCCCCCCGCCGAGUUCUCGCUGCCGGAGACCCGCGACCUGCUGCCCCACCUAGACUGGAACUCCCCGGGCCACCUGUACUGGCUCCGCAAGGCCAUACUCAGCCUGAAGCUGCCCGAGUGGGACCUGCCUCCUGCCACAGCCUCCUGGCCCUGCCUGUGUGCCUCCAUCACCCAGUAUGUCUCCCAGGUCCCCUCCUCUCGCCACCACCAGCCCCUGCUCAUGUCCCACGUGGAGAACCUCCUGCUCAGGGUGCGAGCCGCCCAGGCGCCCGCUGCUUCCGUUGCUCAGGAUGAGGAGCAAGAGGAGGAUGACCUGAAGGCAGGCCCUUCUUUCCAGAGCGUGCCCUGGGACGAGAUCGUGGCUCUCUGCAUCGACCACCGCAUGAAGGACUGGCGGCCUCCAGAGAGGCCCGUGUCAGAAGACGCCAUCACGGAUGACGGUCAGAUCCUGGUGUACUUCCAGAAGGAGGCUCUGAGUCACUACCAGCCCCCCGCCGAAUGGGCCAAGGCCGUCAGGCACACGCACCAGGAGAAGAGGCAGCAGGAGCUACAGCAGUCCAAGCCCAGCCCCAGGCGUGGUCUGACUCCGGUGAGGGCUCUGAAGCAGCGGCUGUUCCAGAGUGUGCUGGAGGCACAGGAGGAGGAGGAGGAGGAGGAGGCGCCGUCAGAGCUGGACAUCACCCACACGCCCUCCGCAGGACAGCUGCUACCCCAGCGCCUCCUCUCAGGCAUCGAGAAGGAGAAGGCACACAGCCAGAGGUGUGAGGAGCAGCUGAGGCGCUGGUUGGACGGAGACUCUCUGGACACGCCCACUAUGCCCCUAUUGGUGCCCUCCACGCUGCUGACGCUGCCCGAGCUCAUGGCCCACACCAGGAAAGCCGCUGGCCCUGCAGCCAUCAUGGACACUUCCCUGACACAGGUACCUGAAGAUGAAGAUGAUGAAGAGACGAGCGGCCGUGACUGGCUGAGGGCAGCUCCCGUAUCCAUCGCCCAGCGCAUUCAGGAUCUGGACAGAACCAUCGCAGCCAGCCGAGAGGAGGAACUUGCCUUUGGACUCACCCUCAGUAGCCUGUUAAACAUAGUGGAGGAUUAACACUCAACUGAAUAUACCUUCCUUCCUCUGCAAGCAGGCAGUGCCUCAAAACAAGUUUUUAAAGUGUAUUUAAUUAAAAAUGGCAUUAGUUUACUCCGGUGAAAGUGUUUUGCCAAAACGAUCUAAUCUGAUCACUAUUGUAUUAUUUGUUUGUUUGUUUGUUUGUUUGCUUUCACUGUUGUUUUUAUCAUGAAAGUUAUUGUUUGGAAAUAUGUGGUGCGUAACCAAGCACUAACAUAUUUGAAAAAUAUUUUGUAUAGGUUAGUAAUAUUCAACUCGUGGAUUUUUUAGGUUAUUAAGAUCAGAUUAUUUUCCUUGUGUUGGAUUCUCUCUGUCUUUGUUUUAGUAUAUUAUAAAUAAAAUAAAGGAUAAUUUUGUA